AGCCCGGUGCGGUACGGACCAUCCCAUCCUGGUUACGGGGAAAGAGGAGGAGGAGGAGGAGGAGGAGGGUUUACCCCGAUGGAGACGAAGGGUUACCGGUGCCUUCGCAGCCGGUACAUCGAGGACGGGCAGUCGGCGUUGCCCAGCUCGGUGCUCUUCGCCGCCGGGUUGGUGGGCAACGUCUUGGCUUUACUGCUCUUGGGCCAACACCGACGGCGAUCCCGUUCCCCCGGUGGUCGCCCCCCGAGGGUUUCCGCUUUCUACGUGUUGGUGAGCGGGCUGGCCAUCACCGACCUGCUGGGCAAGUGUCUCCUCAGCCCCAUCGUGUUGGCAGCCUACGCCUACAACCGCAGCCUCAGCGAGCUGGGACCCGGGGGGAGAAGCGAGGACGAGCCGGGGGUCCUUUGCCAACUCUUCGCCUUCCUCAUGGCCUUCUUCGGGCUGGCCCCCACCCUCCUGCUGUUGGCCAUGGCCUUGGAGUGUUGGCUUUCCUUGGGGCAUCCUUACUUCUACCGGCGGCAUCUCACCCGCCGGUUGGGUGCCACGUUGGGGCCGGCGGCGGCGGGGCUCUGCGCCCUCUUCUGUGCCCUCCCCCUCUUGGGUUUUGGGGUCCCCAUGCAGUACUGCCCCGGCACGUGGUGCUUCAUCCGCAUGGCCGGCACUGGGGUAAGCCAGUUGGGUUUCCCCGUCCUCUACGCCAGCUUGAUGGGCCUCUUGGUGUUGGCCAUCGGCGCCUGCAACGUGAGCAGCAUGAGGCACCUCUACAGCAUGGCCCGGAGACAACCCCACCGCGGCCCCCCCGCCACCGCCACCACCACCCCCCACAUGGAAGAGCUCGACCACCUCAUCCUGCUGGGGCUCAUGACCGUCCUCUUCACCAUCUUGAAAACCCUGUGGUCCUCAAACGAGCAGGGCUUCAGGCUGGACCUGGAGGUGGAGGAAGGACUUUGA